GAUUUAUACGUACAAGCUAACAAUUUAAAAAACAAGAUGGAGGAAGUUCGGAAAGCUGCGGAGGAAAAAAGACGGGAAUUGGUGAUUAGUGGCCAAACGGCCAGUAAAUUCAUUGAGGAGAAUGGAUUAGACGAUGAACUUUAUCACUUGACUUGUCUAAAUUAUCUGAGUAUAUCAAAGACAUGUUUAAGACAACUGUCGCCAAAAUUAGGAAACCUGGUAAAUUUGACCAACUUGGUAUUGCACAACAACCAACUUACGGCACUACCUGGGGAGAUACAGGCCUUGUCAAAGCUAAAGUUCUUUGAUGUAUCUAACAACCAAAUAGAAGAGAUGCCAGAAUCUAUCAGUAAUCUCUCAGAAUUGGAGUCUCUAAAUGUUAGUGUGAAUAAGCUUAGUUCUUUUCCACCUGUUGGGAACUUGAAAUCUCUCCAUAUAUUUAAUGUUGCUCACAACAGUUUAACAGAAUUACCAGAGGGAAUAUUCAAUCCUAAACUUGUUCAUCUUAGUCAGAUUAUUGCAGGAAAUAAUGAAAUUGAAUUGUUGUCCCCAAAUGUAACGGAAUUGCCGCAUUUAAAUAUGUUGGAUAUGUCUAACAAUAAACUAAAAGAAGUUCCCGCUGAGCUUAGUGAGUGUCCCAAGCUCAAAGAACUCAAUUUAAAAGGAAACAAAUUCUCAGAUCGGAGAUUUGGAAAACUGGUCGAGCAAUGUGCCACCAAGUCUGUCAUGGAAUACCUAAGUAAUAAUUUGAAGAAAGAGAGAGCAAAGAAUUCUGACAAGAAAGGCAAAGGAAAGAGUAAAGAGAAAAAAAAGAAAGGACAGAAGGCCGACGAUGAUGAUGUAGAAUUCUUGACGGACACCAUUGAUGUUUUGCACUUCCCCGAUGACGACGAUGGCUUGGUUGUAUCAAUUACCCCUGCAGUUCUGUCUGUGAGACCAUACAUUGUGUGCUGUAUUGUCAAAAAUCUAGACUUGCAGAAAACGGCCAAUAGUUUCAAGCAAUUCAUCACAUUGCAGACCAAACUUCAUGACACUCUUUGUAAUAAAAGACAAGCAGCGACCAUUGCUACGCAUGAUUUGAGCAGUGUGAAGGGUCCAUUGAAGUUUGAUGCCCAAUUCCCUCCUCUACUGAUGAUUGUACCACUGUCCAAACAAAAGGAGGUAUCAGGAGAAACACUUGUGGACGAUCUGAUGAAAGAGGCAGAGCAGAUACGCAGGGAGAAGAAACGGAAUGCUGUAUCAGGGAUACACAAGUAUCUCGACUUGCUGAAGGACAAGACACAGUACCCCUGCCUAAUAGACUCAGCAGGAACUGUUAUUUCUUUCCCACCCAUAACCAACAGCAAUAACACCAAGAUAUCCAAGGAAACUAGUUCCAUCUUGAUUGAGGUGACCAGUUCUACUAGUCUAGAUGUCUGCAAGAAGGUUUGUGAUGAACUCCUGGUGAAAAUGCUGGAGAUGGGUCUAGGCAAAGAUUCUGCAGAUGAGGCGUCACCACCUGCUGGACAGAAGACCUUGACUGUGGAACAGGUCAAGGUCACAGAUGAGGAGGGAAAUCUCAGAGUUGUCUACCCUUCAAGAACCGACCUGUCUGUGAGCAAUCCUGGAAUAACUGUCAACAGAAAUUAUGAAUAACAUUAAAUUGUUAGGGACUUUCUAAAUUAUGAAGACAUGUAUUAGAUAUUUUGGUCUCA